CCAAAUGCCAUUGCCAAGUAUAUGUGGGUGUAAAAACUCCCAUAAUUUUCGAUACUAAAACUGGACUUUUCAUCUUCCAUAACCUCUCAAAACUUUUAACAAUCAGUAACUUCCUUUGUUCCACCAUAUAACACCUUUUUCUAUUCUCUUUCCAACCCCUACCCCCUUAAUUGUCUGCCUUUCCUAUAAGCAGCCUUGGGUCUACCAAGGCGGUCAGCCAUGGCUAACCUUCUCUCAAAGCAGGCCUUUGGCUGCUUUCUUCUUCUUCUUCUUCUUCUUCUCAUUUCCUCUUCUUUCUUCUUCACUUUCUCCUCUGCUUUAACCGAUGCCGAAGCUUCCUUUAUUGCUCAACGUCAGCUCUUGACGCUUCCAAAAGAUGGAGAUCUCCCCGACGAAUUCGAAUACGAAUUCGACCUCGUUAUCACCUUCGCAAACGAUAGGCUGAAGCGCGCUUAUAUCGGUCUUCAAGCCUUGAAGAAAGCUAUAUAUUCCGAUCCAUAUAACUUCACUGGAAACUGGGUUGGCGCCAAUGUUUGUGCUUAUAAAGGUGUGUUCUGUGCACCGGCAUUAGACGACUCGAAUAUCAGCGUCGUAGCCGGACUUGAUCUCAACCACGGAGACAUCGCCGGUCAUCUUCCGGCGGAGUUGGCUCUGAUGACCGACGUUGCUUUGUUCCAUCUCAACUCCAACAGGUUCUGUGGGAUAAUCCCGGAGAGCUUCAAGAGGCUUAAAUUGAUGCACGAGUUCGACGUGAGCAACAACCGUUUGGUUGGUCCAUUCCCUAAGGUCGUACUCCAAUGGCCAGAAGUGACGUACCUUGAUCUUAGAUACAAUGAAUUCGAAGGGAAAUUGCCCCCUGAGCUCUUUGUCAAACAGUUCGAUGCCAUUUUCUUGAACAACAAUCGGUUCAGAUCCACCAUACCUGUAACUCUAGGGAAUUCAACUGCCUCCGUUGUGACAUUCGCUAACAAUAAGUUCAAUGGUUGCAUUCCACGUUCCAUUGGGAACAUGAAGAAUUUGAAUGAGAUUGUGUUCUUGAAUAAUGAACUUAGCGGUUGUUUCCCUUCAGAGAUUGGUUUGCUUGAAGAUGUUACUGUAUUUGAUGCUAGCAAUAAUGGUUUUGUUGGUACUUUGCCUAAUAGUCUUUCGGGGUUGAAGAGCUUAGAGGAAAUGGAUAUUUCGAAGAAUAAGCUUACUGGGUUUGUUUCUGAGAAUGUGUGCAAGUUGCCCAAAUUGUUGAAUUUCAGUUUUGGUCAUAAUUUUUUUAGUGGGGAGGCUCAAGCUUGCUUACCAUCUUUUAAUAUGGAUACGGGUUUGGAUGAUUCCGGAAACUGCCUGCCCGGUAGGCCCAACCAGAAGUCCAGUAAGACUUGCUUACCGGUUGUUAGUAAACCCGUGGAUUGUAGUAAGAAUUGUGGUGGGCCUUCUUCAUCACGUGAGCCCAACCCUCCUAAGAGUUCAAGCCCAGUUUCAGUCCCACCAAAGUCACCUUCACCUUCACCUCCACCUCCAAUGCAAUCACCUCCACCACCACCACCACCGGUUUACUCUCCACCACCUCCACCACCGGUUCAUUCUCCACCUCCACCGGUUUACUCACCACCACCACCACCACCGGUUCAUUCCCCACCACCACCGGUUUACUCACCACCACCUCCACCACCGGUUCAGUCUCCUCCACCACCAGUCCACUCACCUCCACCACCGGUCCAUUCUCCACCACCACCAGUCCACUCCACGCCACCUCCGGUCCACUCUCCGCCACCGCCAGUUCACUCUCCACCGCCACCAGUUCGCUCGCCUCCAUCACCAGUUCACUCUUCGCCGCCACCGCCAACACCUGUUUCAUUUCCUCCUCCUCCUCCACCAGGUGGCGAUGACAUCGUUCUACCACCGACAUUCGGAUCUCAGUACUCUUCACCUCCACCUCCGAUGUUCCCGGGUUACUAAUUAAGCCAUUAGAAUAAACCAGUCCAAUUAUUUAUAUUUUUCUUUGUCUUUGUAUUUUCAUUUCUAUACUAGUUUGACCAAUCCACGUUGUACACAUUACCCAUUUUGUUAUUUGAGCUGCGCUUCCCAUCAUCAUCGUAUGUUGAAUCA